ACAUUCUCCCCGCCAAGGGACAUGGCCCCGUUUCUGGAGAGCGCAGCGGUUCGCGGGGUCUAAGGAAGGGAGCGGGGGCGGGGAGGGAAGGAAGGAAGGAAGGGAGAAGAAGGAGUGGAAAGGCGGGACGCCGUCCGAGCGGAGAGAGAGGCCUGACCGACAAGAAGGGGCAGAGCUGCAAGCAGCGGCGGCGGCGGCUCCGGGCCGGGCUGCAGGGGGGACCCCCGAUGCACGCAACGCCUCGCCUCCCCGGCCAAGGCUUCCACGGUGGCGACAGACAAGGUUGCAGGGAGAUUCAGUUCUACUCUCUCAUGGGUGAAGAACACUGUCAGUCAAAUGGCCAGCCAGGUGGCAAGUCCAUCUGUUUCAUUACACACUACAUCCUCCUCUACCACACACUCCACGCCAGCAGUGUCUCCGUCAUCGCCAGCAGAACUGAGUCCUGAUGAGGUAGAGCUACUGGCUAAACUAGAAGAACAAAACAGGUUGCUGGAGACUGACAGCAAAUCAUUGAGAUCAGUAAAUGGAUCAAGAAGAAACAGUGGCUCCUCACUUGUGUCUAGCUCAUCGGCUUCUAGCAAUCUUAGCCAUCUUGAAGAAGAUUCCUGGAUCCUCUGGGGGAGAAUAGUAAAUGAAUGGGAUGAUGUACGCAAAAAGAAAGAGAAACAGAUUAAGGAACUUGUUCGAAAAGGGAUACCACAUCACUUCCGAGCAAUAGUGUGGCAACUUUUGUGCACAGCUCAAAAUAUGACAAUCAAGGAUCAAUAUUCAGAACUCUUGAAAAUGACUUCGCCUUGUGAAAAGCUCAUAAGAAGAGAUAUUGCUAGAACAUAUCCUGAACACGACUUUUUUAAAGAAAAAGAUAGCCUUGGGCAGGAAGUUUUAUUUAAUGUCAUGAAGGCAUAUUCUUUAGUGGAUCGUGAGGUUGGUUACUGUCAAGGAAGUGCUUUUAUUGUUGGUCUGCUCCUUAUGCAGAUGCCAGAGGAAGAAGCCUUCUGUGUAUUUUUUAAAUUAAUGCAAGAUUAUCGACUUCGAGAACUCUUCAAACCAAGUAUGGCUGAGCUGGGCCUUUGUAUGUAUCAAUUUGAAUCCAUGAUACAGGAGCAACUUCCAGAGCUUUUCAUGCAUUUCCAGGCCCAGAGUUUCCACACUUCUAUGUAUGCGUCCUCAUGGUUCUUAACUAUUUUUCUUACAUCUUUCCCACUACCAAUUGCAACAAGAAUAUUUGAUAUAUUUAUGUCUGAGGGUUUAGAGAUUGUUUUUCGGGUUGGCGUGGCACUGCUUCAGAUGAAUCAAGUAGAAUUAGUGCAACUUGACAUGGAAGGGAUGUUACAGCACUUUCAAAAGGUUGUUCCACAUCAAUUUGAUGGUGGACCAGACAAGUUAAUCCAAAUGGCUUACCAAGUUAAAUAUAAUGCAAAAAAGAUGAAAAAGCUAGAAAAAGAAUAUACUACUAUAAAAACAAAGGAAUUGGAAGAACAAGUUGAAAUUAAGAGAUUGAGAACAGAAAACAGACUCUUAAAACAGCGAAUUGAAACGCUGGAAAAAGAAAGUGCUUCCUUGGCAGAUAGAUUGAUACAGGGACAAGUGACGAGGGCCCAGGAAGCUGAGGAAAACUAUCUUACAAAACGGGAGCUAGCCACCAUCAAACAACAGAGUGAUGAGGCCAUUACUAAACUAGAGCAAGCUGAGAAUACCAUCAGAGAGCUCCAGCAACAGCAACAAUGG